CUCAACAAGUGUCAAACGCGCUGUGCACGAUCGCGGAAUUUUAAACGAUUUUGGCCCUAUUCCGGUAGUGAGAAUACUUUUCGAAGUGAACGUGCUGACAACGUGACAAUAACUGACAAAGUGUGCAAAUAAUUCCAUGGAAAGUGGCCUCGGUUAACUGAAAAACUCGUUGCAAAGUUAAAUAUUUCCUCCUGCAUAGUGCUCGACUACUGGCUCACUACCACAUGCACCAACUGUCUUCUAGAUGAGUUACUUUUGACGCUUCGUUCGAGUUUUGUUUUUUUUCCGGGUCCUUUUUUGAAUUCCUCAGCGACUUUGACGUCGGAAUGCAUGGGCCCAAAUAGAAGGUUUCUCCGCGCCGUUCGCCAAGCAUGAUCGCUUAUAAGUCACAAUCAAUCCAUCAGAAUGUGAAAAGCAUCGAAUUAGAAGGCGUCCAAGUUCAUUGACCAAAAGCGGGUUACUCGCUUGAAUCUUUCGUAUGAGCCAGAUAUCCCCCGCCUUGUUUAUUGUAAAUAAUUGAAUGAUGACCGAAUUUCUACCACUCUGUGAUGUCCUGUUCAAUGUGAUUUCACUCGCUGGAUACUUUUGUGAUGUGGUUUUCGACGUAGUGCUCGGAUACGCGCUAUUCGAACGCGGCCGAGUUGGAUAUUUCGCAAUAGUUCUUUGCUUGGUACUGUCCUCGCUUCUAGUCUCGCAAAUAGUCUCCUUACGAUGGUACUGGAGCGAAGUGGGUAAACACAAGGACUCGGCGGAAACAUCCUCGAACUCACACCACAAUGGGACGUUGGAUAAGAAGGACGUUUGCCCGUCCAUCAGUUAUAAAAGGAACGUGAAAUUUCAACGAUACACGGUUGUGGCUCUGCAUGUUGUCCAACUGGGAGUCCUAUGGAGGUAUGCAAAGCUCUUCGUUCCCGUGGACCUGCGACGCGUGAAACAUGAAGUUCGUGACUUGUGUAUGCUUCGCCUUGUUCACGGAUUUUGCGAGGCAGCCCCCAUGCUUUUACUUCAGCUUUAUCUUCUCAUAACCAUUCAAACGGAUAGCAAGUUUCUUAUGAACACGGCCGAAAUGAAGUUCAAAAGUCUCAGUGGACAUUCCAUUGUUGGAGUUGUAUCACAGCAGCCAGCAGCUGUCCAACAGCAAGCGGAGCGGACGUUUAAGGAUCUGAAUAUUGUUUCCGCUGUUUUAUCAUUGUUCAGUGUUUGCUGGGCCCUGGCGAGCUUCAGCAAAAAUGUGCGUCUCCAGAAUGUCCACCGUCUAGUUUUAACGUGGCUUGGAGUGAUAUUUCAAUUUUUAUGGCGAUUAGGAACUGUCACGUCGCGGAUUGCAUCACUUACCGUUUAUGCAUCCUUCUACAACUACUGGGUGUUCCUGGUCAUUAUUCUGCAUUGGUUUUCUAUGUUACUGUGGCUGAUUUCACCGAAAAAUGUAUUCCACGGGGAGCGCAUAUCUCGUCUGCGCAAAACUUUGCUUUCUGCAUUGAUUGCAUUUGUCUAUGUUUUCGCUUACAUCAACUUACAAGAAGUGAAUCAUCGCCAGAAAAUGUUUACAUUUUACAUUGUUAUGUUCCUGGAGAACUCGUUACUUGUUUGCCUAUGGAUGGUUGGCGUGUGGCCAAACAAACCGUCACAAUGGUAUCUUGUGCCGAUAUUGGUGUUGAGUGCGUUUGCGUUGGGAAUGUUUUUCAUGGUGUUAUACUAUAGGUACUUUCAUGUACGAAGGCUUGGAUACGAAAACGGUGGUCGAUAUCCAACAUGCGGCAUUGAAGUGAAGGAUAACAGUGUUGGAUCUAAGUCAAUUUCAAACAGGCAUAAUGACCAGCCUCCUAUAGCAGGUGUCUUCAAUUGCCGGUUCUCUAAUCCUGUUGGAAGUGGAGCAACAAAACGAAAGAAGAAGAAACCAACAACUUUUAUUCCUCCACCAACGCUUGGCUUCGCGUCACAAUUGAAUUCUGAAUCGCCAACAAUUAAUGGACCAAUGCCAAUACCAUUCUGGCGACGACCACUUUCCCAGUCACAAUCUAGUGAAAACGAAGGUAGUGUAGGCUCGCGGGUAAACAUUCAUCAAAAACUUCAAGAGAAAAAACAGAAGCAAUUAGCUGAACUCAAAAUCAUUGAAGAAGAAAUCAAACAAGGAAAGCUUGGCGGGCCUGCAACGAAUACUCUAGGCUCCGGUGACGAUGGAAGAACUUCAUUACCACGACAACCUAUUCCAAGAGCCAAGAAGCACAUAAACUUAGACCCUAUUGAAUGGUGUACCGCAACAAACAUGGAUUUAGAUAAACGCUUUAAUGAUUUAGACGAAAUUAACAACUUAAAUAAGUUCACAUCUCAGUUUGAUAACUUAUAUUCGUCAUUUGGGUUGAGUGGAAUUAAUAUUCCUGCUCUGGAACAGCCGAACGUCCGUAAUAUCUCGCCAAUUCCUUCAUCGCAAGUCUCAGGUGCGGAAAAUAAUUCCCUUACUCGGCAAGUUCUACCUCGCACCAAAAUGCUACACAAUGGGUUACGGAACCCUUUUACGGAUAGUUAUCGAAACGUGGUUACGAACCAACCGACUCCGUUGAAUCAACGUAAUGUUACAAGUAGCCCUGUUCGGAAUACAAUGUUUGAUCAUUUGAAUCAUCAAAAUAUUUUCCUCGAAAUCAAUCAUCCCCGACAAAUAUCCGGAACUUAUAGUAGUAGUACUGAAAAUGCCAAUCCUGGAGCAGAUAAUCUGCCAUUCCCUUAUAAUGUAAUUCCUCCUCCUCGUUCGAAACUUGAUAGCAAAUCAACCCCGCCGACUCCUUCACUUAUUAUGCAACCACAAAACCAAAGUACGGUAGCAAAUAAACUCACACAAAGGCAAAUGCAAAGAGCAAAAACGCCCGAAAUCCUUCUGGCACCUCAUUAUUUAGAUAAUUCACGGGUCUAUUACGAUUGGGUUGGAAGGGAAACAGCUUAUAGAAUUCAAGAAUCUGAUAGAAAUCAAACUUUCAGCAGUGGCGAUGAAAACCUGGACAUAUCGGCUGCCGAUGAAAGCAUAAUUGCUGAACGGAACGGCAAUCACGCGCCAUCCGAUAUAGAUAGUCAAGUGUCAUUGCCUAGGUCCUAUACUUUGCCUCGUGAAUUUAAAUAUUAUCGACGAAAUAAAAUUCGAAAAUUCAAUAAAAAUGAACAUUUUAUAACGAGCACAAAUAGUAGUGAUGGUGAUGUUGAUAGUGCUGACGACAACGAAUCCGAACGACAUUCCGACACAUCGCAAUGUCGAAUACGAUUACAGCAGCAACAAAACUCACGAAAAAUUCAAAACAAUUUCCAUAAUCAUCCACAACCCACAACAAGUAGUUCCAUCAGUGCUUCAACUAACAACCCUCACCAGUUGCGAAAUAAUCGAAACAAUUUCAUUUCGUCACCAAUUAAUCAACCUAGAUGCAACGGCUCACCGAAUAAUCACAUGCAUCCUACCGACGUAACAGUUAACAAUUUAGAUUUGAUAAGUGGCGUUGAAAGCAACUUAAAUAACAAUAUUUUCCCCAUCCGCCAAAGUCGACUGAAAGUCUAUGGAGCUAAUAAACAUGGUAUGAUGCCAUGGCGGCAUGAAACCAAAUUAUAACGGAACUGUCGAUUGCAAUAGUGAUCCUACCGAAAAUUUCAGUUUUUAUGCAUAAUAUUUUUUGAGAACAAAAAAGUCCAAAUCAGAAUUUUGUAAAAAAAAAUAGUAGACUGUUUUGUAUUUAUUCUAUGUUUAGAUUUUUAUAAUAAAAUAUUGUUUAUUAUACAU